GCAGGGUAAAGUGUCGUCGAAGAACCGGCUGACUGAAAUCACGUUCCGUUCCCACAAUGCAACGCGCAGCUGUCAUGGCUGCCUGCUGACGGCUCACGCUCCACAUGGGUAGAAAUGAGCAUAGUUCUGUCAAAUAAUUUCGACAGAUGUACUACAUUGUUUAGAGUUGUAUUACGAUCGUGGCUGAAAGCGAGAAGAAAUUGCGAGACCAGACCAGAAAGUUGUGGCGGUCAAAAUGUUGCUCGACGUGGAGAUCGCCAUCCUUCGAGGCUUUCUAACACCCAGCGAGGAGACUGCAUGGAAACAGGACAUCGACACUAUCGCAGAGAUGAGCUCAUUGUUGGAGGCCUUGAUGAAUGGGGAAUUUGAGGCAGUUCUGAGGAGCCCCCAGGUGUUAGUGCUGCUUACUGGAGAUGGUAAUUGUGAUGAGGGUGAAAAUAUUGAGGCCUACCUCGAGAGACGGCUCUUGUUGUACCUGACUGGUGACACAGAGGGGGAUCAAACCAACAGCUUCAGAGAACUGGUAGUGAUGGUCCUGGCCGUCUCUUGCCUCCACAUGUUUGUUCAAAGCAACUGGACCGGUCCUUCUCUCUACAUCCAUCUCUCUGACCUACUGCCCUCGGCCUUCUUCUCCUCUCAGCCUCAGUCCAUGGUAGAAACUAUCCACUCAUGCCUUGUCCUGGAUGGUGAGUCUGUGUACAGCCUGGUGGCCAACCCAUUCCUGCUCCUUCUGGUGAGGGUUAUUCUCACCAAAUGCUCUUCCAAGAUGGAAAGGCUUCAGCUCCUCCCCUGGUGGACUCUACGCUAUGUCAACCUCCACCAACAAAUUCUGGAGGAGUGUUCUCAUCAGCUCCUCAAUUUGGGACUCAUGAGCAUGGAAAAAGUGCUAAAAUGCGAGUCUCUGUUCUCUGAGCAGAGAAACCUGGCAAUCCAGUUCCACUUGGAGUGUGUGUACUGUAGUCUGACCUACUACGAAUACAAGAGUGCCAAGGACCACAUAAAAAAAGCCCAGGAGCUGUCAAUGCUUGAUAUUAACAUGACUGGUGCCUUGGGAAAACGUACCUAUUUCCAGCAAAAGUACUUUGCUCAGCUCAUCCUUGAGGUCAAGAGAAAGCAGGAUCAGGAUCGAUCUGUUGCGAGUCCCUCACCAACACUGCACGCUUUACUGCCCAAGGAUUGCAAUCUUGGGGAUGACACAGUGUUAGACAAGAUUAAUUUAGCAGAGCCAGACCAGUAUGAGCUCCCGGAACUCAGUGCAGAGGAGCAGGCUGUCAUCCUGGGGAUUUGCACUGAUUUUCACAAGAACAACCCUGUCUACAAACUGACGGAAGAAGAACUACUUGCUUUCACAUCAUGUUUACUGUCUCAGCCCAAGUUCUGGGCUGUGGAGGUGACAGCACUUUGCCUCAGGACCAAACUGGAAAAAGGGAGAUCCCGGUGUAUUGAGAGAGCCAUGAUACAAACUCAGGCAAUAGUAGACCAUUUUGAAGACAAGAACUGUCCCUUGACUGAGCGUCUGAAAGUCUUUUACUGCUGCCAUGCUCCAACCAGAUGGGUUGUCCAGAAACAGUUGGCGACUCUUCUGACAGACCUUGCCUGCAUCAGUUCAGCUCUACUCAUUUACGAAAAGCUGCAGCUAUGGGAAGAUGUUAUCAUAUGCUAUGAGAGACUUGGCCAACAUGGCAAGGCUGAAGAGAUUGUUCGUAGGGAGUUGGAGAAGAAGGAGACUCCGAGUCUGUACUGCCUACUCGGGGACAUCUUAAGAGAUCAUCAGUAUUAUAACCGGGCUUGGGAGCUAUCAGGCCAUCGCAGUGCCAGAGCCAUGCGCUCCAAAGCCCUGCUACAUCUGCAUAACAAGGAGUUCCAGCAGUGUGUUGACUGCUUUGAACAGUCACUUAAAAUCAACGUUCUGCAGCUUGGUGUGUGGUUUUCCCUCGGUUGUGCCUACUUGGCCUUGGAGGGCUACGAGGGAGCGGCCAAGGCUUUCCAAAGAUGUGUGGGACUGGAGCCAGAUAAUGCAGAAGCAUGGAACAAUCUCUCUACAGCAUACAUCCGCCUACGAAAUAAAAACAAAGCCUUCCGCACCCUCCAGGAAGCCCUCAAGUGCAACUUCGAACACUGGCAGAUAUGGGAAAAUUUUAUUGUUGUCAGUGUUGACAUCGGUGCCUUCACUGAAGCCAUCAAGGCCUACCAUCGUCUAAUGGAUCUCAGGGACAAAUACAAGGACAUCCCGAUUGUUAAGAUUCUAGUUAGGGCUGUUGUUGAAAAGUUGACAGACAGCCAGGGUGAGGAGACAGCAUCUUUGCAGUCCAAACUAAGGGAACUAAUGGGCCGGAUCAGUUCUCGCCACAGCAAUGACCCUGAAAUAUGGCGGCAGUAUGCUGUGCUUUAUGGGGGUGGCCAUGGCUCCAACGAAGAGGAGAAUGAGAAGGCACUGCAGUUCUUGUCCAAGGCUUAUCGCUGUGAGCUUCAAUCAAGUGGCUGGGAAAACGAGCCAGACCUUUUUAAGGAAGUGAUCAAAAGAGCCAUCAAUAUGGGGGAAAUAACCAUCAGUUGCAGCAAGAAGAAAACUAAUCCUGCAGAAGCUCUUCAAAUGCUCUCCUCAACACGCCUCAGCUUGAGGGGCUUGGCCACCAAAGCAAAGCAAAUGCACACCGACGUGGCUUCUGGCGAGAUCCAUGGUGAGCUGCAAGAUGAUGUUGCUGUUCUAGAGCAGCUUGUUGCGGAACCAGAGCUGUGUGGAGAACUACGUGGCAAAUCAUCGUGAACACCAAUACAAAGAAGUCUCACUAGCUUCACAGCUCUUUUUUUCCUCCUUAAUCUGUAGAUUGUACAAAUGUGAAAACCGCAACUAUAAAACGUGGAUUAUGAAUUUGAAAGCCUUGUAAUCAGUCCAAUUAAUAACUAUGAUAUGUUAUUAAAACAGUGAGAUGUUGUAGUGGUUAGCACGACUGCCUCUCGGUUGGAACAUCUCUGUGUAGAGCUGGCAUGUUCUCCCUGUGCUUGUGUGGGUUUUUUCCACGUUCUUAAGCGUCCUCUCACCUUCCAAAAUCAUGCAUGUUAAGGUUAAUUGAAGACUAAUUUGUCUGUAGAUCUGAAUGUCAGUGUAAAUGCUUGUCUAUUACUGUGUGUCCCCCGCAAUUGACUAGCAACCAUUCCAGAGUAUAUCCCGCCUCUCUCCCAAAGUCAGCUCGGAUCGGCCAUAGUCACCCACGAGUGCUUUCGAAAAUGGAUGGAUGGAUUGAUAUAUUUCAGUCCAAGAUUGAAUACAAGUACAGUUGAAAUCAGAAGUUUACAAACACUAUAUAAAAAGACACGCUUUUUUCCCCCCUCGCCUUCUUACAUGGAAUCACACUAAACGUUUCUUGUUUUAGAUCAAUUAGGAUUACCAAAAGUAGAAUAUCAAUGAUUAUUAUUAAUAAUCAUUUUGAUAAUCCUAAUAGACCUAAAAUAUGAAGUCUGAUUUCAUUUCGGACUGAGGUAAAAAAAAGUAUUUUUAUAUAGUGUAUGUAACAUGGGGUUUAUUUUUUCACCCAUAAGAAUGUUUGUUGACUGACAUGACUAAAACUGUCUCGAGUAGCCACAAAAAAAUCCAGCUGUUUGACAUACAAUGGCUAUAAAAUAGCAACUUUGUGAUAUAAAAAAAGACCAAUAUAAAUAUAUCUGGAGUUAAUUUUCACUCACGCUAUCAAAGCUUUCAUUUUCGUUCCAAUUGAGUUGUACAUUUAUAGGUCACAUUAAGGGUGGAAAAAGUUUUGAAAUGAUUUUCCUUGGUCUCAUUUUAUUAUAUCCCAAAAACUAGGCAUUUGAACAGAGGUGUGUAGACUUAUAGCCACUGCAUAUAUUGUUAAAAUGCUAGUUACGCUCUUUUGGCUAAGUUAAGUCACAAAAGACAAUUAAUUACUCUUUAAUCAAUGUAUCGUCUUUUGCGGAAAUUGAUCAGAAAGUGGACAAUGAACCUCUUCACACCUUUUGAAUUUAACUUGAAAACACUGAGCACAUAUUACACCGCUGCCCAGAUAUAAGGAAAAAAAAAAAAAAGGUUCUGACCCACAAAUUUUGUUGAACUUGCCCACAUUGUAUUUAUAUAGUCAGGUCCCCUAGAUGAUAUAUACUAUUUUUGUGAUGAUUACAUCACAUUUAUUAUGCAUGUGCCAUAAGACUUUUCCGUUUAUUUUGGGAGCAUCUGUUGUGAAAGCAACAGCACACUUUCAAAAUAUACUGUACAUCAAAGCAUCGACCAACUGUUUUUGAGAUUUCCUUAUUUGCUUACUGCUCUUUGCCAUUUUCUGUGAUCUAUUGUUGUGAUUGGAGGGCUACGUGACUAGGAGCUCCUUAUAUGUAUGUUUGCCUUUGUCCAAAGUGACUUUUAAUAAAUGCAUUUCACAGUCUAAA